GUGGAAAUAGAGCACGAGACGAGAGAGUACUACCAAAGAAAGAAAAAGGAAAAAGAAAAUACUACAAAAUCUUACAUCCUCCUACAAUAUGGUUCACAGCUUAAAUCAUCAUCAGUUAACAUGACCUCAUGAAAACCAACCUAUUACCGUAGUUCGGUGAGGUUGUUUAGUUUCACAGAGAAGAACGGAGAAAUGGAGGUCUUAAGAGAGGCACAGAGGCCCCACCACCAGCUGUCUGGAAUUUUGUUUUCUAGGAAGGUGAGUAGUUGCCAGUUGCCGGAGAUUGUCGAAGAAGAUAGUAAUGAGAAAGUGUAUGUUGCUGUUGGAAAGGGUGUGGAGAAAAGUGUGAGUUUGCUUCAUUGGAGUUUUAAGCGAUUUGGAAGUGGUAGAGAAUUUUGUAUUCUUCAUGUUCACCAGCCCUCUCCUCUCAUUCCAACUCUAUUGGGGAAAUUACCUGCGAGUCAGGCUAGUCCUGAAGUGGUUUCUGCAUUUAGAAUGAAAGAGAGAGAUGAAAUGAAGCAUCUUUUGGACUAUUACUUGAGCGUUUGCUCUGAAGUUAAGGUGAAUGCAAGCAUCAUAACAACUGAGGCUGACCAAGUGCAGAAAGCAAUUAUAGAACUAGCAAACAUACAUGGUAUCAGGAAACUUGUUAUUGGGGCUGUACCAGAGAAUUGCAUGAAGGUCAAAAAGAGCUCUAGCAAAGCAUAUUAUGCUUCCAAAAAUGCUCCCUUGUCCUGCGAAUUAUGGUUUGUGAAUAAAGGGAAACUUGUGUGGAUGAGAGAAGCUUCUGAAGGCCCAAGUUCAUUGCCAUCAUGUAAUCAAGCAGAGACUUUGACUGCAGAAACUUUAAGGUCUAGAUCCUUGCAAUAUCAUAAUACAGCUUCAUCAUUUCCCUCUGAAAAUUUUCGUUCCAGGUCUACUACAAGUAUAAAAAGUGCUCCAAUUACUGACUGGAUUCAGACUGAACCAAUUUAUAUAUCGCCUAUGUCACCAACUUUGUCUGGUUCAGUAAGUGGAUGUUUUCCCCAUUAUGAUCAGAGUUUAUUAAGGACAAGAAGUAGCACCAGUUCAGGAUAUACUUCUGCUGAAAGGAUAUCUACAGAUUCUGAUUCAAAGUUUGAGGAAGAUAGCCUUUGGGGUCGACUUAGAGAAGCAAGUUUAGAAGCCGAGGAAUUAAGGAACCAAGCAUAUGUAGAGCUAUUGAAGUGCAAAAACUUGGAAUUGGAAGCUAUGGAAGCUAUUAGCAAGGUGAAAGUUUUUGAGUCUGCCCAUGCUCGUGAAGUGAAACUUAGGAAGGAAGCUGAGGAUGCACUUGGAACUAUGAUACAGGAACAAGAAGUGCUCUUGGAGGAGAAAGAAAAAGUUACUGGAGAGCUCCAUAAGACAAUGAGGAAUGUUGCUCUUUUAGAUAGUCGUGCACAAGAAGCAAACCGUAGGCGUGAUCAAGCAGCUGGAGAGUUAAAAUUCAUUCAGACAUCCAUUGCAACUUUGCAGCAAGAAAAGCAAAGACUACGACAACAGAAAAUGGAAGCUGUGCGUUGGCUAGAGCGGUGGAGAAGUCGUGGGCAAGCUGGAGCUACAAACUGUAAUGGGUUCAUUGGGUUUGUGGAAGAUUUGCCUGAGUCAGCAGAAUUUUCAUUGGCAGAUUUACAAACUGCAACAUGUGAUUUUUCUGAGAGCUUCAAACUUGGGGAGGGAGGAUUUGGCUGUGUCUACAAGGGGGAAAUGUUGGGUAGAACUGUAGCCAUAAAGACGCUUCAUCCUCAUAACAUGCAAGGGCAAUCUGAGUUUCAACAAGAGGUUCGUGUUCUUAGCAAACUGCAACAUCCUCAUCUAGUGACUUUGCUUGGAGCAUGCCCAGAAGCCUGGGCCCUUGUAUACGAGUAUCUGCCCAAGGGAAGUCUUCAAGAUUGUGUUUUUCGAAAAAGUAACAUUUCUCCUUUGACAUGGAAGGACCGAGCACGGAUAGCAGCUGAAAUUGCUAGUGCCCUUUGCUUCUUGCACUCAUCCAAACCCGAAAAGAUUGUCCAUGGUGAUUUGAAACUUCAAAACAUUCUUCUUGAUUCUGAACUUAGCUGCAAGAUAUGCGAUUUUGGCAUAUGCAGGCUGCUUACCGAAGAGAGCCUUUGUUACCCAAGUUUUAAUAGGGGUUCUGUGCCAAAGGGUGCUUUCCCAUAUGCAGAUCCAGAGUUCCACAGGAAUGGAGUCCUAACUCCUAAGACUGACAUUUACUCCUUUGGAGUGAUAAUUCUUCAGCUACUCACUGGAAGGCUACCACUUGGGUUAGUGGCUGAAGUGCGAAAAGCUGUGUCCUGUGGAAAUUGGACAUCAAUUUUGGAUUCAUCUGCUGGAGAUUGGCCUACAUUUGUUGCAAGGCGUUUAUUGGACCUGGGGUUGCAAUGUUGUGAAUUGUAUGGUAGGGAUAGACCUGACCUCACACCAACACUUGUGAGGGAAUUGGAGCAGCUGCAUGUCACUGAGGAACGGCCAGUACCAUCAUUCUUUCUUUGCCCCAUACUUCAGGAAAUAAUGCAUGAUCCUCAGGUAGCAGCAGAUGGAUUCACAUAUGAAGGAAAGGCCUUGCGUGACUGGUUGGAGAAUGGCCGUGAAACUUCACCCAUGACCAAUUUGAAAUUGAGUCAUUUGCAGCUUACUCCCAACCAUGCUUUGCGGCUUGCGAUUCAAGACUGGCUUUGCAGAUCUUGAAUUCCCUUUCAUUCAUGUAUGUAUAUGGUCUCUGUGUUAUUUGUGUGUAUUGUUAGUAUAUGAAUCUUUGCUGUGGCACUGUAAAUUAUGUAAAAGUUGGGAUUGGUUUUUUUCUGAUUUAUAUCAAUCAAUAAGUUAGUCUGUAGCA